CCAGAAAAACACGGGCCCCUCUCCAUUAUCUGUGCAGCAGUUCGACAAACGGAUGUAGAUUCCCAGUUGGGUUGGCCCGAACUGCCUGCAAACAGGCAGCAUCCAUGCAGUUCUAUUUUUCCCCCCUUCCCGAUAAUUUCACUUAUUAAUGAGCUGGUCGCUUUAAUCUGAUUAGGCCGUGUGUUACGCUCUAACCCGCCCGAGGUGUUCCCUACCAUUGUCCGGAAGACUCAUCUUUUUUAAGGUCGGGCGACGCGAGUAGACAGAUGUCUUGAAUCAGACUGACUGUUUCUUCUUUUAUAUCGAAAUCUGAGGCCUCGUGAAAAAAAAAAGACGAAGUUGAGCAGACAUGUCGUGCAACAGGCGGACCGUCUUUCUGAGCGUCAUGAUGGUGUGGGUGCAGGGGUGUUUGGCCGGGCCUUUGCGGGAAGGGUCUGGGGCCUUCACAGCUCUGAAGUCAGAGAAAGUGACGAUUACCACUGAUACUUUAGCCUACUUCGCAGACCAAGAAGGUAGUGGUUACUCUGAAGUAUCUGAGUUCUCCUCAAGUUCCGGUACCAAUCCCAUCUAUGUACAGAUGAGCAGCAUGGAACCCUCGGUGGAGGAAGCCUUGAGUAGCUCCAUCUACAAUGUGCAUCACGAGAGCGACGCCGGUACCGGCGAUUCCGACAUCGUGUUUGCCGAGUCGGAAUCCGACACGGAGGAAUCGAUUCCGGAGGACCCGACGAUGGCCGAGAGCGACCUCUACGAACUGGAUCGAGAGGAGAACCAGGUCGGUCAGGGCGUAGGGGAGGAGUUUGAAUCCCAGGGAGAAGGCGUGGAAUUAGACGGUAAUGAAGUUAACGGGAUCCAACCCACUGUGACGUCAGUCACUUCAACAUCCUCCCCAGGAGAUAACAGCAACGUCAUCCCUAACGGCGUGCUACAUCACGCUCCAUCCAACACCAGCAACGACUUGAACAUCGUCUCCUCCGAGCACGGGAACGAGGUUGGGGGUCACAAAGGUCAUGUCAAUGACAUAGUGGACAAAGAGGUCAAAGAUGAAAAUGAAUCAGAUGACAUGAGUGGUAAACCGGGUAGUGGCAUCAUGGCGGUUGUCAUGUUUGUGACAGCUAUCGGUGUGGGUGCUUUGCUCAGUUUCAUGCUGGUUGGGCUGACGAAAAUCGGCAAGAAGUUCUUCCGGAAGAACCCCGAUCCAUGAAACCAAGUACAGGAGCAGGACAAUAGAGUACUACAAUAAACAUUAUAGGUCUUCCUUUUGGUGGCACUUUUUAAUCGUGUAUAGUAAUUCUUGUAGCAUUGUCCAUAUACUCCCUUUGAUCGUCUAAGGUUUCGUCAUCACUGUCAUCCAAUUGUUUAUGCAUGUAGAUGCCAUAAUUAUUUGUCUAGCGUGAUCGAUUCUUUUUAUAAAAUCCAUUUUCCCCUAAACUGUACUUGAUAUCUGUGAACUGCUCCUUGUUUACAGGUUUAUAGUAAAUGAGGUAGAUCAAAGUUUUAAAUUCAUCACUUUAUGCCGAAUUAUUAAAACUUUACGGUUUCUUUGACUAAAGAAACCUUUAUCGAUUUGACAUCAAGACAACACAGAAAUGAAGUAGGAAUAUUGUACACUGGUAACGGUUUCCUGUAUGUCGGAAUCAGCUGAACGCACUGUAGAAGUCGGGAAACCAGACCCAAAUUGCAGUUCGGCAAUAACAAAGUCAUUUUUUUAGCAUCCUCGCGACUUGCAAUUUGUAAAAUUCCAUAAAACUCUUUGUAAAAAAUAGCUUUCCCAUAUAUCCAGGCGUUUUCCCAUAAAGAAUGAAAUAUGGCCCGCUAAAAACCAUGUCAGAAAAUGAGGCCAUAUACGAUGCACAUCUAGUGUUUUGUUUUUCUAAAAUUAAGUCAUGAUUCUUUGAUUUUCGUGGGCCAAAUAAUAAAACAGAAACUUUAAAAUAAGGUUUUUCUUGCUGAAAA